AUGGAGGGGCGGUUAUAUGACUUUGCACGUGCUUGGGCGCAGAGGGUUGGUAGUUGUGAUGAAAUUGAUGCUUCUGCCAUUCCAAAAGUUGACUUGCAUUGCCACCUCAACGGGAGUAUCAGCACUCCACUGCUUUCUCACAUGGAAGAAUUACAACGUGCGGCGCAGGGAAAACGCGAGGAAGAUGCAACUUCUUCAGAGGAUGUUGAUGCAGAGCUACAUCCGCGAAAUUUUAAGAGCGGAGAAGGAGGACUCAAACAACUGGAUUCACCGAGCGAACGAAUGAAGUACUGCUUUACUGUGUUUGAUAAUAUAUAUAAGGUGGUAAACAACCUCGCAUUCACGCGGAUGGCUGUGCAGGAUUUGCUUCUGCACUCUGCAGCAGAAAAUAUUGUUCUUCUUGAGAUACGGACAUCGCUGCGGGAGAAGCUUUAUAAAACUGCUGCCGCCUCAGUGGCUUCCGUAAACUCGGAGUGCGUCAGUAAAGAAGCAUAUCUGGAGGCGGUUACUUCUACCGUUCAGCACAUUUUAAAUGGCGGGUUGGUGGCAUUUGACACUGGAAACCUCCUUCCUAUAAGUGAAUCACCAACCACUGAGUGGUGGGCCGAGUUCCAGCGGUUAUACCCGUCAUUUUUUGAUGGAGGCACUUCCAGUGAGGAUAUGGGAUUGAAGUGGUGGGGCAAACUCCGCUAUCAUCUCCAGCACAGAAUGCAUGUUCGACUUCUCGUGUCUCUAAACCGAAGCCAUGGUGGUGAAGUGGCGAUGGAGGUAGCGCUUCUUGCCAAGAAACUGCAACACGAGCAGCUGGAAAACUUCUUCGAAAGCGAACGGCAAAUGUGCGCGGAAUGCCGCACUUCCGGCGUAGUGGACGGUUCAGCCAUAUCAGACGUGGAGUCGCGGUUGUGGGAUGUGAUUAGACGAACAUGUUGGGUGACUGGAAUGGAUUUCUCCGGUUAUUGCGGCAAAAACUCUUUUACUGAAUUCGUUCCCGCACUGAGCGAAGUUCGACGGGGUCGGGACGGGAAUGGCGGGGUUGUUACCAACCGUUCGCCGCUUGGGAUUACGAUUCACGCCGGUGAGAAGCCGGAUACGGCAGAACUCACCGAAAUAGUUGGGUUUGCCCCCGAUCGCUGGGGCCACCUCGUGUUCACAGAUCCUGCGAACCUCAAGACUAUAACAGCGCGGUAUGAUCCUAUCGAAUUGUGCCUGUCAAGUAAUCUUCUCACUGGUGGGUAUUCUUCCGUGGAGAAACAUCAUUUGACACAAAUAAUGUCCGCCCAGCAACAAGAGUGGGGGCGUAAUGUUGAGGACGUAAGGGAAAAUACGCCACGACUUAUCGAUAUUUUAUUGGACAGUGUGCAGCUCGCUGAAGCCAUGAGGUGCCGGGUGAAGCGUCGUUUGAUAUUCUGGAAGGAAACCUCCGACAAUGAAGAAGGGUAUAAGACGACUAUGGCUAAUAUCUCCUUUAACACCGACGACCGCGGGGUAUUUGAGACUUCGCUAACAGAGGAAUUGCAACUCCUUCUCCAUCACUCGACUAUGGGAGAAGAUUGUGAUGAUGCGGCACUUUCAGUUAGAGCCUUGUGGGCUCUUCAACGACUCACCGUUCCCCAUGCUUUUACGUUGCCUCUUGAAUUGUUGUAUUACGUAAAGCAACGCCAUGGCGCACCGAACGACGAGACUGAGCGCCAACUUGAGGCUUGUAGCUGCUGCUCCUGCGGUGGCUGCCAUCAUUUAUUACACGUGGAAAGUCAAUUGCAGAAACUUAGUGGUGCCGUGUGUGCGGAUUUGAGCUGCAUGGAGCUGGAGUGGCUACUCGAGACAUAUGAUGCUGCUUGGGGAUCCUCCACGUAA